ACACAAACGGCUAAUAGAGAUCGAUCGAUUCCGUGGCCCCGUGUUCACCUCUGCAAAUGUUUUCCUAACUCUCGUACCGGAUCGAAGGGACUUCUGCAACUCAUCAAUCUGGAAUCGCUCCGCAUCCCCCGACAUCCUCGUCCCUCCUAUCAUCCUAUGAAAUGGCCACUUUUCCAAGCCGCCACUUCCCUCUCCCACCAUUUUCGCGCCCUUCUGCGAGCAUGCGCUCGGCGAUCUUCUCUCGGCCCUGCCAAGAAGCUCCACGCCUUGGCGCUCACCACUGGGCUCGCCGCGUCGCCGAGUUCUUUCCUUUGCAAUACCCUCCUGCACGUGUACGCCUCCUGCGGCGAGCUGACCUGCGCGCGCAAAUUGUUCGACGGAAUUCCUGACUCGCACAAGGACAACGUCGAUUGGACCGUGCUGAUGGGCUCCCUCGCCCGUCAUCGCGUGCCCUUCGAGGCUCUGCGGUUGUUCGUGGAGAUGGGAAAUGCGGGCGCGAGACCGGACGACGUGACCCUGGUUUGCCUGUUCAAUGCCUGCGCUCGGUUGAUCAAUGCGGAUGUGGGGAUGCAGGGACAUGGGUGGUUGGUGAAGAUGGGGUUUGAGUCUAGUACCAAGGCAUCUAAUGCCCUCAUGGAUGUGUAUGUGAAGAGCGGGCUGAUGAGCGAAGCGAGGCGGGUGUUUUUUGGGAUGGAGGAGUGGACCGUGGUGUCUUGGACUGUGUUUUUAGAUGGCGUGAUUAGGUGGGAAGGCGUAUUAAGUGGGAGGGGGGUGUUUGAUCAGAUGCCUGAGAGAAAUGAGGUCGCGAGUACUGUCAUGCUUGUGGGCUAUGUGGAAAGUGGAUAUACCCAGGAAGCUUUUAGCCUUUUACAUGAAGCAAUUUUUGGUUGGUGUAUGAGAUUAAAUAGCGUCACACUUUGUUCUCUCCUAUCCGCUUCGGCUCAGUCAGGAGAUGUGAUGAUGGGGAAGUGGGUUCAUGUUUAUGCUUUGAAGACGAUGGGUAAGCAUAUGGAUGUCAUGGUGGGGACAACACUACUUGACAUGUAUGCCAAAUGUGGUAGGAUUAAUACUGCAUCGAAAGUUUUUGAGUACUUGCCUGUUAGGAAUGCAGUCACAUGGAAUGCAAUAAUUAGUGGAUUGGCAAUGCACGGGCUGGGUAAAGUUGCAGUGGGUAUGUUUCCUCAGAUGCUCAGAGAAGCAAAGCCGGAUGACCUGACCUUUACGUCUCUGUUGAACGCUUGCAGCCACUCUGGCCUCCUUGAUGAGGGCCGUCGCUUUUUCCACGAUCUUCAAUUUGUAUAUGGCAUAAGACCUAAAGUUGAACAUUAUGCAUGCAUGGUGGAUCUUCUAGGUCGGGCUGGUGAGAUAGAGGAAGCAGAGAUGGUGAUAAAGACGAUGCCUGUCCCUCCGAAUGAAGUGGUUUUAGGAUCUCUUUUGGGUUCUUGUCAUGUCCAUGGCAAACUCCAGCUUGCCGAACGUAUUUUGAACCAGCUGGUUCAGUUGGAUCCUCAAAAUACAGAAUACCAUGUAUUGCUAUCUAAUAUGUAUGCUCUGGAAGGAAAGUUGGAGAAAGCCAACUCGCUUAGGCAUAUUCUUAGGAGGGGGGCCACGAGGAAGGUGCCUGGAAUAAGCUUUAUCCAUACUGAUGGCAAGUUUCAUCAGUUCUCUGCUGGAGAUAAGUCACAUCCACGAACAAGAGAAAUAUAUGUUAUGCUGGAUGAAAUGAUACGGAGAUUGCGUUUGGCCGGUUACAGUCCGAAUACUAGCUUACAACUAUUAACUGGUUCCGAUCAUGUGUUCAAUGAGGAAGAGAAGGAGCAGGCACUGUUCUCACACAGUGAGAAGUUGGCAGUGUGCUUUGGGCUUAUAAGCACCAGGGCUCGAAUACCUUUGUACAUAAUGAAAAAUCUAAGAAUAUGUCAAGAUUGUCAUGCCGCUAUAAAGAUUGUCUCAGACAUAUAUGAAAGGGAAAUUGUUAUAAGAGACCGAAGUCGGUUUCACCACUUCAAGCAUGGCUCCUGUUCUUGCUGUGACUAUCGGUGAAUGCUGACUGCUUCAACUGAAAACUUUCCGAGUUUGUUAGAUCUUGAACCUCAGUCAUAGAUUCGCAUUAAUGACCAACUUUAAUUCCAGUGGUAGGUCAACUGCAGUAAUAGCGAUGCUUGGUGCUUGGAUUAUGCUACAGUUGGUUUCUCAAAUUGCAGGAAACAAAUUCCUGCUGGGCUAGAGCCUAGAGGUUCAAAAAUCAUUGGCCUGUCAAAGAAAGGUAGGGCUGCCAUUUACAUUGAAAAGCCCUGCCUCAGCUCGAAACUUCUGGUUUAGCUCCAUAAUUAUGAAUUUGCAGAUCUUGUUCACGUCUCAAAUUAGAUAACAUGCCAAUACAAUAUAGCUUACAAUUUUGAAAGUUAAGCUAUUUGGCUUGUCCUAAUUAGUGAAAAGUGAAGAAAUUCUUGAAGAUUGAGAGACUGACAGCAAUGCCUACAUCUGACUAUUGCUACAUGGAGCUUCAGGGGUGCUCUCACACGUCAGCCAUAUUUUGCUAUAUCCGUAUGAAGGCAACAUGUAAGUGGACUGAUGAAGUUCAGUUAGCGAAAAUGCAAUGAUCCUGGCAUGUAAGAAAGAUUCUUCAGGCUGUCUGUCCGGUGUGGGGCACUGCGUUCAACUUUCACUUUAGGCAUGCUCACUGCCCUGUCAUGGUUGGACUAAAGCGGCUCCCUUGGUUGCUCUCGUUUGAAUUUGCUAUAAUCUGCAAGUAAGCUGCCAUUAACUUUGUGCUUCAUGUUCUCUACCAGCCUCGUCAAUACCUGAACAAAAAUACGGGUCUUCAUAAGGUAUUGCUCAGAGAUCUCUUAAAUUCUUGCAGAAAGCAACUACAAUAAAAAGACACUGAUGGUGAACUUUAGGUGGCUUUAAUUUUCUCACUGAUUCUGCAACACUUUGGAGGACAUCUGCUGGAACCAGAGCAAGCAUUGGAGGUAGGACAAAGCUCAUGCUCAUCUCUAGCUGACCUUUGAGUCGGUUCCUUGUUCCAUGUCUAUCUGGAUAAAGUGCUCCUUUUACACCGAGUGCAAAAUGAGAUGGCUGAAGAAUGCUGUCCAGCCCUUGGAGCUCCCACCGUGUCUGUGGAAGAAUGGUUCUGGAGUCAUCAUAAAGGUAAGGAAAAGAAAUGGACCACGCAAGAUUUGUUGAACUUUAGUCCUUACAAUAUCAAGUUCAAGUACUUUAGAAACAUCUUGAGGAAUUUGUGGCGGAUAAUCUCUCCCCCUUGAUUUGCAUCUCAAUCUCAUGUCUAUUACAGGCCGGACGGUCAGGAAUAGGAAUUGUAUGGGCAGCAUCUGAAUUCUCCACUCUUCCUGGAUGACGAUAAACUUGAGAUUUUGGACAGGAGAAGAGUGGUCCGGCAAAGAAAUAUGGAAAAAGAAAAAGGAAUACCAUUUGCAAGAUAUAGCAAUAUGCCUCUAAUAGAUGAAGAUGAAGAAGUCAUGCCUCCUUUUUUAUGAUUGAAAGCCACAAGAGUCAAUUGGUUUGAUUAGCCCAAUUUUCUAGCCUCCAUUCAAAUAAGAUUCACUGGUUAGUUGCGCCCAUAAUUUAUCAAAGUGAUCAUGAGCACUAACCUAGAGGUAUUUACAGUGUUUAUGAUUCCCCACUGUUAAAAAAUUCAGGAUGACCUUCUUGCUCACAAAUUCAUUUUCUUACGUUGGUAUCAUCGAAUGCAGCCAUAUAGAGUCACCCUUGUAAAACAUAGAUGGGCCUCUUCAAGAUAAACCAUAAAGAAGCAUGAGCUUCUGGCAGCAGGAGUUGUUGAAUUGUCUGCCAAGUGUGACUACUGCUUCAGAGCAGCCUGAGAACAGGGGCUCCAAGCCUAUAUGGAGUCAGCCUACGGUAAAUUAUCUUUUCCAUCACUCACUGCAAGAAAUGUACAACUAGUAUCAAGUAUGGUACUCGGAUUGCAUCUGAGGUUUUAAGUUUUGCUGGAAAAUUUUGUGAUUGCAUUCUGUUUGUCCUAAUGAACAGCACUUUGAGAAA